AUGGCACCAUCUACAGCAUCUGCCCUAAACCGUGAGCCCCCUCCCGUCUCCUUUAUCAAAACGCUCCUGACACAUCCAUAGCAAUCGUUAUACCAGCCAUACAGAUCCCUCCCCACUUCAGCACCUUAGGCUCCGGCCUCCUACACGAAACCCACGCCCGCGAGUCCGCGAGCACGUUGACAUCCCUCCUGCUCACCUCGCCAGACAUCUUCCCCAAUAAAGCGAAGCCGAAACUCUGGUGGCGGGGGCAGUGUCUCCUGUACGGGCUCGAUGCCCCCCAAUCGUUGACAAUCCAGUUACUACGUGAGAGGCUGGAGGACGCGCUUCGCUGCGGGGAGCUGCGAAUCCCGGAGCAUCUGGUGGAACUGGAACACAUCGAGAAUGGCAGGUUUCGGAAGCUGAACGCACAGGUUAGGGAGGCAACCGGCAUGAGCAAGGAGGGGAAGAGUGGUUGGGGGGCCAGGAAGGAGAAGGAAGACCCAUUGAAAAGGGUUCUGGGCGCUACAAAGGUUGCAAAGAAGGUCUCUGCGGGUGCCUGGAAGCCUGCUCCUCUAACAGCGGCAGCAAAACCCCGUGCGAGGAUGAAGAUGGAACCGGAACCAGAGCCCGAGUCGGGAGUCAGACCGGCGGCAAAGGGGAAACUCUGUGCAGAUGCACAACCCCUACCGUUCGCAACUACUGCCGGGGUCGGAAACAUACGGAUAUACCUCACAGGUCUUCCACCAGCCCCCGCUCCUGCUCCCGCCCCUAGAGCCAAGCAAACCGCCAAGCGUGCGAUCAGCUAUGCUCCCAAAUCCCGUGCCCCAAGGGCCGAGCCGGUAUCUGAAUCCUCCGCCGCCCCAGCAAAACGUGGGGGAGGCGGGCCCGGAAGUCGUGGUGGUCGCGGAAGCCGUGGUGGUCGCGGAAGCCGUGGUGGUCGUGGUAGUCGUGGUGGUCGCGGUAGCCGUGGCGGAGCUCGAGGUGGCCGUACUACGCAGCCCGUCGGGCGUGAAGCUAGCUUACCCCCACCCCCACCGGCGGCCCGAGGCCCGACUAAGCAGACUGCCAGAGGUAGCACUAGAGGUGGUCGUGGCGGCGCACGUGAACGUGGUGGCUGGGCUAAUGGUGGAAUUUCGACUGUGAGGGUUAAGCAAGAAGUGCAUCAUGGGUAUGAUGUUUGGAAUGGCGAUGGUGGAGAGGGGGGGUACAGUGACGACGAUGGGUAUCCCUGUGGGGGUGAAUAUUCUGGGUGCUCCGGCUCUGAGGGGGAGGAGAUUAAUGGGGAGUAUGAUGAUGACGAGGAUAGGUACUGUGGAUAUGGCUAUAAUGCCGCGUAUUAAUCUUUCUUUUUUAAUAUUUUUUUUCUAUCGGAACUUUGGUUCUCUGUGGGCGGUUUUUGAGGAGGAGAGAAAGUGGAUAAUAUAGUCUCGUCAGACAUUCCUAGUUUCCUUUUCAGCUCGGUGGCGGUGUUUGUAUAAUGACUCAUCCCGCGGUUCUGUAGAGUAGCAGUAGGGUAG